AUGGCAGCCGUAGUAGCAGUCAAGAAGGAAAUGAGGAAGAAGAUCAAGGCCAUCCUGAAAGAUGUCUCUGAUCCUGUUGCAGCAACGCAAACCACGCAUGCCACCAAAGCCCUACUGGCAAUGCCAGAGUACAAAGCAGCUCAGCGGAUAAGUGUAUACUUGUCUAUGCCCACUGGCGAGAUCAACACAUCCAAAAUUGUGCGUGACGCUCUUGACCGGGGCAAAAAGGUCUUCAUUCCGUACACAUACAAUUUGGACAAUCCGAUCGAUGGUCAGCCUAAGUCGAUUAUGGACAUGGUCGAGCUGUCCUCGAUGAACGACUUCGAAUCGCUCGAGGCUGACAAAUGGGGAAUUCCAACGCCCAGCAAAGACUCCGUUUCAUCACGUGCGAACUGUUUUGGCAUCACCGGCGUCACCAAUGGCAAAACUGAACAAAUCACCCAAGGUCUUGAUCUCAUCGUCAUGCCUGGUAUGGCAUUCGACCACGGCUUUGGCCGCCUCGGACAUGGCAAGGGUUUUUAUGACUUCUUCCUGAGCCGGUGUCAUCAAGCGGCGCGCAUGCCCUUUCGCGGUAAGAAUUACUGGUAUUCGAUCAUGGCUGAUGGGCUAACUAACCACGUCAAAGUUGGUCUGUCUUUGACCGAGCAGCUGCUUCCGCCAAAUGAGUCUGUCCCCAUGGACCAGUCCGACUUUCGCCUUGACGCCUUGAUCACCGGCGAUGGCGAGCUUCGUCGUGCCUGA